AUGGCCCCUUCGCCCCCGUGCAGGUCGCUGAUGUCGCCGCUGCCCCCUUUUCUGCUGCUGCUCCUCGGUGUCGCACUGCUGGGUGCCCAGGCCCCCGCGGAGCCCGCUGCUGGGAGCCCGGUCCCCGCCCAGAGCCGCCCGUGCGUCCACUGCCACGCAUUUGAGUUCAUGCAGGGCGCCCUGCAGGACCUGCGGAAGACGGCCUACAGCCUGGACACGCGGACGGAGACCCUUCUGCUGCAGGCCGAACGCCGGGCCCUGUGUGCCUGCUGGCCAGCUGCCCGCUGA